GAGAUAGGACAUUCUGAGCACUGGAGAGCCUUUGAGGAGGAUGCUUGAGCGUGAUGCCUCGGUGACCGCGCGCGCGCGCGCGCUUGUGUGUGUGUGUGUGUGUGUGUGUGUGUGUCACUCUGACCGUGUGUGUGCGUGUGUGUGUGUGUGUGUGUGUGGCUUGACUUCGCCUAGUGUGUUACAGAAAGUGUUGCCACCAGUGUGCAAGCUCUCAGACUGCAGCGGCUGCAUGAAAGCACAGACCCAGUAAAUGAAUUAGAAUCAUGCCUACUGCUACAUCUCAAAAGUUCAAAGCCAUGAUCUUGACAAAGACCUUCGACUAAAGCAGUCCUCCAGUUAAAGUGAAAAAAGAAGACACAAUGCCUUACCCUGACCUUCUCCCUCCUGUCCCACCUCUUGCCAUCCUAAACUGCUCCUCCCCCAACUGUACCCUUGCCAACUUUUCGGCAUUUCAUGGUGACGAGUGCCAUGCUGACAAGCCCUUAUUUGUGACCCUUGCUGUGGCCUACAGUGCUGUAUUCUUGCUGGGAGUGACUGGUAAUUUGGCACUGAUUGUUUUGAUCUGGCGCCAACGUGAACUCUCCAACGCCACUAGUGUGCUUAUUGCCAACCUGUCAGCCUCAGACUUGCUGAUGGCAUUUGUCUGCCUGCCAUUCACUUUUGCCUACACAUUUAUGGACCAUUGGGUAUUUGGCAGUGCCAUGUGCAAGAUCAACAGCCUAGUGCAGUGCGCCUCUGUCUCUGUCUCCAUCUUUUCCCUUGUGCUGAUUGCCAUCGAGCGCCACCAGCUGAUCGUGCGACCACGUGGCUGGAGACCCAGUGCAUUCCAGGCUUCCCUGGGUGUUGGGAUCAGCUGGGGUCUGGCCCUACUCACCGCCAUGCCUUUUCUACUCUUCUCCAUUACCACUGAUGCACCCCUGCAGCAUCUGCCCGCCAUUAUGCGCGAGGACUACCGAGGCAAGGUGGUAUGUAUGGAGCAGUGGCCCUCACGCCAAUUCAAGCUUGCCUACACAACCACCAUGUUCCUGCUGCAGUAUGUCGCACCCCUCGCCUUCAUCUUCAUUUGCUACUUGAAGAUCUACGUCCGUCUGAGGCGGCGGAAGAGUGUGAUGGAGCGAAUGCGUGAGAACAAGUACCGCAGCUACGAGACAAAGCGCAUCAACGUCAUGCUGUUCUCCAUCGUGGUGGCCUUCGCUAUCUGCUGGCUGCCGCUCAACAUCUUCAACGCUGUCGUCGACUGGAACCACGAAGUGGCCAUGAACUGCACCCACAAUCCCCUGUUCUUGCUGUGCUAUCUGACUGCCAUGUGCUCCAUCUGCAUCAACCCCGUCUUCUACGGCCUCCUGAACCGCAACUUCCAGCGCGAUCUGCAGUCCUUCCGGCUCUGCAAGAGGCUUUCUACGAAAGAGGAAGAAUAUGACCCCGUCGCCAUGUCCACCAUCCACAGCGACCUAUCCAAGACAUCUCUGAAACUUAGCAGCGCAGAUAUCUAGGAGAAGCACUCGAGAUGCGGCCCUUUGGGCACUACAGAGCUUACGUCAUUUGGGUGCUGCCACAACGAGGCAAGAAACUACAAGGUGAAUGUGGUUGUGUCUGAAGAUGAUCACACCCAAGGCAAGAUUUGCGAAAAGCGGUGCUUGCUGAAAUGCUCAUACUAUGUAAGAUGGACACCAUGAAAGAGCACAAAGGUUCACUGGGACAGCUUAGGACCUUAAAUAAAAAGUUAAAGCCUUCCUGUGCUUUCCAUCUCUGAAAACAAAUGGAAAAAUUCAAGAUAAAGGACUCCCCUAGGAGACUGAAUUUAUGGUGGUGGACCUCCUACAGGAAAAUGUUGGUUUGAAUGUCAGUCCUCUAGAGAUGCUCCAAAUAUAGGAGUAUAGAAAGAUUUUACUGAACAAGAUCUGGUUGAGUUAAAAAAAAAAAUAAAAACAGGAAUAUAUUUAUGGCAGAAUAGUCUUUAGUUUAUAUGGAAUUUUAUAUUUCAGUUCUGUAUUUUUAAUAUCAAUAUUGGUUUUAUUGUAACCAAGUCAUCAGAACACAGUUACCGUAUAGAGCAGUACUUGUUAUGCACUCAUGAAUGUUACUGGUUUAUAUUUAUUGAUUCUUAUAACCAAUUUAGAAUCAAAAAUGUUAGAUUUAGAAAGACAGAUGAUUGUUAAAAAAAAAAAAAAAAACAGUUGUACUUUGUAUUUGUCUAUUGUGACCAGCUAUGAAUGUAAGUGACAUGAGUUUGGUAUUGUAAUUGCUUAGAAGUGUUAAUUCUUGUCAAUAAUGUUAUUUAGAGCAUUGUGGUAAGAGUAAUUUAAUAUUCUAGAGUUAUUCAUUGGUAUAAUAAUGCUACUUAGAGAGAUGUUUAAUACAUACUCACUGGGGAGUAAUACUGGGAGGAGCCUACGUUGCUCUCAGAACAGAUUCGGUUCUUCGUGGCAUGGAAUCUACAAUGUGUUGGAAAAUUCCUUUGAGGGUUCUGGUCUAUGGUGAUAUGAAGGCACAUUCAUGCAGAAACUAUCAUGUUCUACUACAUCCCAAAGGUGCUCUACUGGAUUCAGAUCUAGUGACUGUGUCAUGUUCAUGGAGCCAUUUUUAGAUGAUUUUAGAUGUGCUUUGAGACAGGGGACAUUAGCAUGCUGGAUGGGGCUCUUAUAAGAUGGUAAACUCUGGUCAUAAAAAGCAUGCACAUUGUCAGCAACAAUAUUCAGACAGGCUGUGCCAUUUAAAAUACACGAUUGGUAUAAAGGGGGCCGAUGUGUACCAGGAAAACAUUCCUCACACCAUUACACCACCACUACCACCACCAUUAGCCUGAACUGUUGAUCCAAGGCAGGUUGGGUCUGUGGAUUCAUGCUGAUGACCUACCUUAACCUUCUGCAGCAGAAAUCGAGCUUCAUCAAACCAAGCAAUGUUCAGUUGUCCAGUUUGGGUGAGCCUGUGCCUACAGAUUCAUGUUCUUGGCUGACAGAUGUGUGACCCUCCACUGGUCUUCUACUCUUGUAGCCCAUCCAUUUCAAGUUCAACAUGCUGUGCAUUCUGAGAUGCUUUUCUGCUCACCACGGUUGUAAAGAGUGGUUAUUUGAAUUCCCAUAACCUUCCUGUCAGUUCAAACCAAUCUGGCCAUUCUUCUCUUUCAUCAACAAAGUGUUUCUGCCCAACUGCUGUUCAGUUUUUUUUUUUUUGCACCAUUCUGUAUAAACUAUACACAGAAUAGACUAUCGUGCAUGAAAGUCGCAGGAAAUCAGCAGUUUUUGAAAUAAACCAAUCGUGUCUGGUACCAAUAAGCAUGCCACAGAUAAAUUUCCUCCUAUUCUGAUGUUUGAUAUGAACAAUAACUGAAUCUCCUGACUUGUAUCUGCAUGAUUUUAUGCAUCGUGCAUUGCUGCUGCCACAUAAUGGGCUAAUUGGAUAACUGCAUGAAUAAACAGGUGUACAGGUGUUCCUAAUGCAGUGGCCAGUGAGUGUAGACAGUAUUUCAUACAUAGGACCGUAUUCAGGUACGUAGUGAAUCUAGCAACUGCAUUUUGAUUCGAUUCAAAUAUUAUUUAUUUAAGACUAGUCUUAAACAAUAAUAUGUGUAUUACAGGCUUAUGAGGUAUAUUAUAGGUAUUUAUAAAUAGAAUUAUUGUGCAUAUUGUGAAUUUCAGUGUCUGAAAUCAUGUCUUUCUGUUUCUAUUGGUUUUAUUUUCUUUUAUAAAUAGCACCAAUUAUACAAAGUAUCAUUAAUGACGUUUUUAAAUAUGAUGUGCUGAAUUAGGGAGUGCUUUAACCUUGCCACAAGAGCUUAGUGACACGGAUUUUACAGCUUGCCCCAACACAGACAAUCGCAUUAGACAGAUUUUUUCAGAGGGUAGACACCCCAUGUGUGUGUGUGUAUGUAUGUGUGUGUGUGUUGACUGUUCUGAAGUAGGGUGACAUUAUUUUUAGGCACCGAACAGAUUAAAUCUAUGGCUUACAGCCUGAUUUGAUUAAAAUAUUUCCUAAUUAGCUGCAAUUUGUCUAAUUAUGUCUGCAUACAAGAUCAUAGGAUAUCAGAAUAUUAGAAAACAAGCGCUGUAUCAAAGUUUUUAAAGGACGUGUACAGGAUUUGGUAGCUUGUACACUUUGUUAGUGAAGAUUUCCUGUGGACUAUAUAAUGAUGUUCUAUGGAUAUUCGAACCAUUUGGAUUAUAUAGUCUCUAUAUUACGUUAUUGAUAUCUCUCAUUGUGUCACAUUCACACAGGUGGAGUUUAAUAAAGAAUAUCUCUUUA